AUGCCAACACGCUCGGCGGCGGUCUGCUCCAUCUGCUACGACGGCAUCCGGUGGGACGACCGCCUCGUCCUUCCGUGCAAGCACGUCUUCUGCCGCGGCUGCAUCGACCACAUGUUCCUGCACCACCACCGCACGGCGGACGACUACGCGUCGCAGUGUCCGAUGUGCCGCGCGCCGCUCAUGGGCGAGGCGGAUGAGCUCUUCACAAAGGGCUCAUGGUGCCUUGCCGGCUUCCAGCGCCAGGUCGAGCUGCAGAUGCACGGCCUCGAUCUCAUCUUCCCGUUCGAGAUCGGGCACGCGAUCACCGCGUUUGAGGACUGCAUCACGGCGGUGGAGGGCCACGCCACCGGCCCGGGCGGGCUGAACCGCAUGGCCGCCGCAGCGCAGUACAACAUCGGCCGCUGCUACGAGCUCCGCUGGGCCGCCGCCGACGACCUGCGCAGCGACGAGGCGCAGCAGGACGCCCGCGACGCCAUGCGCGCGUACGAGCUGGC